AUGACUUUCUACCGGAUCUACAUCAGGACUGCUGCCAACUGCACGGCUCCGGCCUCUGCCCCGCAUCGCCAGGCCUCCCCUGCAGAGUUCCCGCGGGACUUCGCGCAGUACCGAAGGACCGCCUCGUGUCGACAGGCCUGGGCAGUUGCGGCGCAGGUGUUGCUGGCGGCGUGCGCGGCGGUGACAGCCGCGGGAGCGCAGGCGCCGUCUGGCCGCAAGGCGCCCUACGACAAGUGCUCGCACCCCUUCCACGCGUGGCUCUGCCGGCCGCCGCCGCGCGCCCAGGGCUCGGCGCGCUUCUCGGACCCCGUCUCGCCGCCCACGACGAGGAGACCCCCGCCGCCCCCGCCCACAACCACGGCCCCUCCUCCUCCCUCGACGACCCCGGCGCCUCGUCAGGGGGGCGAAGUCUUCCCCGAGGCGGCCCCUUCCGACGGAGGGCUCGUCGACUCGCUGCCCUUCCCCGCCCCCGCCUCGGCGCCCACCGUCCCCCCUCCUCCCCCUCCCCCCCCGCCGGCGCCGCCCUCCACCACGCCCUACGACAAGUGCUCGCACCCCUUCCACUCGUGGCUCUGCCAGAAGGCCAGCCGCCCCGCCACGCCCGCGCCCCGGACGGGCAGCGAGCUCUUCCCCGAAGCUUCCUUCCUGACCCGGCGGAAGCUCUGCCGGACCCAGCUCCCCUGCCGCCCACGACGCCGCCCCCGCCCCCGCCCAGCCUACGACAAGUGCUCGCACCCCUUCCACGCGUGGCUGUGCCGGGCGGCGCAGUCCCGGCCCCGCGCCCCCCGCCCCACGCCGCCCCCCGCCUCCACGCCGGCUCCUGCGGGCGCUGGGGUCUUCCCCGAGGCAUCCAACCCCGCCCCGGAGGCCUCCCAGCCCCUCCCCCAGGAGCAGGCCCCGCCCCUCCCGCGUCCCCCUCCCCCCCCAAGCACGACCCCCCCUCCCAGAACGACCCCGUACGACAAGUGCUCGCACCCCUUCCACGCCUGGCGCUGCACCAAGCCGACGAAGGCGAGGCAGCCCCCUGCCACGGAGGACCCCUUCCCUGCGGGCGGCCUCCUAGACGCCGAGCCCGCCAACGACCCUGCGCAGGUCCGAGUGCCGCUCCCCGCCCCCGCCCCCGCCCCCGCCCGUCCGCCCCGCCCGGCCCCGUCCGGCGCGGAUUCCUCUCCCGCCGCAGGAGGUCUCUCGGCCGCCGAGCCUCAGCGCCCCCGCACCCCCCCGGAGCCGGAGGAGCCUCAGCCCGAGCCCGAGCCCACCCGGGACCACAUCUGCAGCCACCCCUUCCACAGCUUCCUGUGCCAGAAGCCCAAGCGGCGUGAGUCCGCUGCCACGGCACGCCCUCGCCCUCCGCCCCGGCCUGCUCCCACGACGCCGCCUCCGCCCGCCGAGGAGCCUGCAGCGUCCUUCCUCGCCCCCGAGACGCAGCAGGAUCCCCCGGGCGCCCGAGGAGACUUCCCGGACGCCCAGGCAGCUCCUGCGCCGGCGCCGCCCCCUAAGAGCGACCACUGCAGCCACCCCUUCCACGCCUUUCUGUGUCGCCCGGCGGCAGGACGCUCGAGGAGACCGGGGGCGCCGCCCAGCAUUCAGAACCUGCCCCUCGAGAGCCACGGCGGCAAGGAUGCCCCGCGAGGCCGAGGUGAUUCCUUCGGGGUCGGCUUCCGGGGCCCGACGCCCGCCCCGACGGGCCAGUCCACUUCCAGCAACUUCAAAGUUUUCAACAACGAAAAAUCAGGCUCAGUGAGGACAGUGCCAACAGCAACAGACAUACCAACAGUCCCAACAGUACCAACCGUACCAACAGUGCCGACGGUACCGACAGUACCAACAGUCCCUAACCGGAUACAGAAUAUCCCCUUUAACUUUGGAGCUGCGUCGGCGCCUUCUGCUGUGUACGCGCCCUUGACCAGGGCCGGCGACCACCACUCUGUCGGCCAAGGAUCCCCCGGAGAUCAGAGCUCUGGCUUCGCGUCUUUCGCGCCGCCCCCCGAUGGCCGUCGGGCGGUGCCUCCGCGACUUCUGCCCAUUCUGCCUUCUGGCGGCCUGCUCACCUUCGCUAGGGGCGGCGCCCUCGUGGCCUCAGGAUCCUCUCCAAGCCGUCUCACGCUGGCUCUACCAGGGGGUCACGCUCAGCCCCUGCACGCACGCCAUGCUCGCUCAUAG